AAACAGCUGUUAUUCAAUUGUUUUGAUUUGUGGGAGAAAAGGAAACUGAAGAAAACUAUGUCGAGCUUAAUAAAAAUACUUCCUUUUGCUUUAAGGCAAACAAGGAGACCCAUUGCUUGUUGGACAGCAAAUAACUUUCAAGCUUCGCAACGUUAUGUGCAAACAGAGAGCAAUGCAAAGGAGAACAAAAAAUCGGCUAAUAUUAACGAAGAAACUCAACGAGAAGUUCAGCAUCACUCAAAAUUGGCCAUUGAUUGGUGGGAUAGAAAUGGACCCAUGAAAGCGUUGCAUGCUUUAAAUGUUUUAAGAGUACCUUUUAUACGUGAUGGCUUGGUUUCCCAUGGCAAUAUUAAGCCAAACUUAAUUGGUACAACAAAUGUUUUACGAUCUCAAACAAUUUUGGAGAUAGGCUGUGGAGGUGGCAUACUUACGGAACAAUUGGCAAGACUAGGAGCUUCUGUAACCGCCCUAGAUCUAGGUGAAGAUCUUAUUGAGGCUGCUCGAAAGCAUUUAUCACAAGAAGGAAAUCCCAAACUAUGUGAUCUCAUAAAGUACAAACUGGAGCCAAUAGAGCUUCAUGCCAAAGAUAGCCAUCACUUAAAUUUCUAUGAUGCUGUGGUCAUUUCUGAGGUCUUAGAACACGUAGACGACAAAAUUGGUUUUCUAACUGCAAGUGUACAAUGUUUAAAGCCAGGAGGUUCUAUUUUCAUUACCACCUUAAAUAAAACUUUGCCCAUGUGGAUUGGAGGUGUUUUGAUUGGAGAGUAUGUUAUGAACAUUGCUCCCAAGGGUACCCAUCAUUAUGAAAAAAUGAUAUCGCCACUAGACGUUCAGCGUAUAUUGGAUACAAUGGGAUGUCACACUGUGCUGGUAAAUGGUAGCACCUAUGAUUUUUGGAACAACUCGUGGCGAUGGAUUAACUCAACGAGCAUGUGUUAUGCUUUACAAGCAGUUAAGACAGAGAUUUAAGAUACAUUUUAUAUCACAAUAAUGUUGAAAGCGAGUUUGUAACUAACUAUUUAUUUUGUUUAUAUUUUUUAUUAUUUAUGCUAUGCUAUACUAGAAAUAAAAAUUCUAUGGAUUGUUAUACUUAA